AUGAGCAUUCACGAUGGUGUGGUUAGAGGAGUUCCAGGAUCCUCUGCAAAAGAUUCAUCUUCAUCUUCUUUCUCUAUGUGUUCAUCGUAUUCAACAGAGGACGCUUCUUCUUCAUCUUCAAAUGGGGCCUUCGACGAUCUGUCAGACCUCAUCUCUCAGCUCCCUAUCAUACACGUCAAGAAAGGACUUUCAAAGUAUUAUAAAGGCAAAUCUCAGUCAUUCACAUCUUUAGCAAAUGUCACAUGCCUCAAGGAUCUUGUGAAGAGAGGUCCAAGAAUGAAGCCAGUGAGAUCUUUAGGGCUUAUGAGUCAGAGCUGCAAAAGGGUAUAUCGCCCCAAUGCCACAAUCUCCCUGAAAGCCACAAGAACAUCUUCGAGUCAUUCCAAUUCAAAGUUAACCUUAGAACCCUUUCACGAUUCACCAAAAUCAGUUCAAUAA